CUAAAAACAAAAAGAUCCUGAAAAAUACUCCCGCCCACCCUGUCCGUCAGCUCCUGGGGCAGGUAAACACUCACCUGAGCACCUUCAGACUCUCACUGGAUUCUGGGACAGACUCGUAUUGGAGAUUUUAUAAAGGGCACCUUGUGGGUUCGGGGCUGGCCGGCAGGGAGUUGCUGGGAGUUGUACGGAGUCACUUUGCACCAGGAUCAUUGUGUUUCCCAAACAGAAGCUGAGGCUGAAUUACUCAUUUCAAUACUUAUCACACGGGGAAUGGACUCCGUUGACUUUGAAAAGUUAGCAGAAAUCGAGCUGCAGAAGGACGAGGAGGAUCUCCAAUAUCUGGGACCUCCUGUGGUGUCCGGGGAACGUAAAACCAGCGAUGUUUGUAUUGGGCAUCCUUACUAUGACAUUGCCCGACACGGAAUCAUCCACGUAGUUGGGGACGAUAACUCCGGGAGAAAAGUGAUCACGUUCAGCUGCUGCCGGCUCCCCCCCUGCCACGAGAUUGAUCACGUCCGACUACUCGAAUACAUGAAGCACACACUGGAUCAGUACGUGGAGAACGACUACACGCUCGUCUACUUUCACUACGGCCUCAACAGUCGCAACAAGCCGUCUCUCAGCUGGUUACAGAGCGCCUACAAGGAAUUCGACAGAAAGUAUAAAAAGAACCUGAAAGCUCUGUACGUCGUUCAUCCGACCAACUUCAUCAAGGUUCUGUGGAACAUAUUCAAGCCAGUUAUAAGCCACAAGUUCGGCAAAAAGGUCCUGUACAUGAAAGACUUAAAUGAUCUCCAUGAGCACCUGAAGUUCAAUCGUCUGAUCAUCCCCCCCGAGGUGUUACAACACGACGAGAAGCUCCGAGCCCAGAAAGGGAGGACACCUUCAGCCAAAUCUCCCCCUCCAAGACCACCACUCCCAACGCAGCAGUUUGGGGUGACUCUUCAGUACAUCAAGAACAAAAAUAAUGGAGAUUUGAUCCCCCCGGUGAUGGUUCAGACCAUAUCCUACCUGAAGCUGAAAGGACUUCGGACCGAGGGUCUUUUCAGAAGAUCAGUCAGUAUACACAUCAUUAAGGACGUCCAGAAACUAUAUAAUGUGGGAAAGCCAGUGAAUUUUGAUACAUACGAUAACAUUCACAUCCCUGCCGUCAUCCUCAAGACUUUCCUGCGGGAACUUCCAGAACCUUUACUGACCUACGACUCCUAUGGACCCGUCCAGGACAUCAUUGGGGUGGAGAGCAGUUUGCGUGUCACAAGGUGCCGACAGAUCGUCCAAAAUAUCCCAGAACAUAAUUACGCCGUCCUGAAGUAUCUUAUCUGCUUUCUGCACAUGGUAUGUCAGGAGCACAUUCAGAACAAGAUGACUUCAUCCAACCUGGGGUGUAUUUUCGGGCUGAAUCUAAUAUGGCAGCGAGAGGGAAUCCAGUCUCUAAAUGCGCUGGUGCCGGUCAAUAUGUUCGCUGAGCUGUUAAUCGAAUUCUACCCGAAAAUCUUCAGCUCCAGAUCAGUGUCAGGGGAGAUUUUACCAUAAAGACAAUUGUCCAAUGGGUCACCAUUUCUAUUGCUUCAGAAUGUUUCAAUACUAAAUAUUUCAUUGCAACUUUUAUUUCUUUUCUUUUAAAGAAUGGCAACAAACGUGGUUUUUAUAUUUUGGAGGCUGUUACAGAUUUUGCAUCAAUAAAUUUAAUGUAUAUUUGUA